GGCCAAACCAGCCCAUCCGGAUAACAGAGACAAACUUGGCAGCGAGCGGAUGAACUGGUUGGAUCUUUGUUCUUCACAGCUAGACUAUCAACCUCUUUAUUUUUGCAUAUCGUCACUUAUAUGUGUCACAUUUAUAUCAAGAUAUAAAAUACUCCUUCUUUGGGCACGCAGCUUCAGCACAGGCAGAUACUUUUUGGGCUAGCAUAUUUUCCUAGUGUUUUUAGUUCAUUCUCCCCCCCACCGACGAGGUUUUAUUGGACCAAGAUAGGCGGCGCGGGCACCAAGAUGUCGAACCGGAUGGUGUGCAGAGAAGCGAGCCACGCCGGCAGCUGGUACACGGCCUCAGGAUCCCAGCUUAACGCACAACUUGAGGGCUGGUUAUCUCAAGCACAAUCCACAGCUGGUCCAGCUAGAGCCAUAAUAGCACCGCACGCUGGCUACACCUACUGCGGCGCGUGUGCCGCUCACGCCUACAAGCAGGUGGACCCCUCGAUCACUCGGAGGGUGUUCAUUCUUGGCCCCUCUCACCAUGUGCCGCUGUCUCGCUGUGCCCUCUCCCCCGCCGAGGUCUACAGAACGCCACUGUAUGACCUGAGGAUCGACCAGAAGGUUUACGCUGAUCUGUGGAAAACGGGCAUGUUUGAGAGGAUGAGUCUGCAGACAGACGAAGAUGAACACAGCAUUGAGAUGCACCUGCCUUAUACCGCUAAAGCCAUGGAGAGCCAUAAAGAUGAGUUCAGCAUCGUCCCUGUGCUGGUGGGAGCUCUGAGUGAAUCUAAAGAGCAGGAAUAUGGCAAGCUGCUAAGCAAAUACCUGGCUGACCCCUCCAAUCUCUUCAUCAUCUCCUCUGACUUUUGCCACUGGGGUCAACGUUUCCGUUAUACCUACUACGAUGAAAGUCAAGGAGAGAUCUACAGAUCUAUUGAGCACCUUGACAAAAUGGGAAUGGGAAUUAUAGAACAAUUGGACCCCAUCUCCUUUAGCAAUUAUUUGAAGAAAUAUCAUAAUACUAUUUGUGGUCGCCAUCCCAUCGGCGUUCUUCUAAAUGCCGUGGCGGAACUGAAAAAGAACGGCAUAGACAUGAACUUCUCUUUCCUAAACUAUGCGCAGUCAAGCCAGUGCCGAAACUGGUCGGACAGCUCUGUGAGUUACGCUGCUGGAGCUCUGAUCGUUCAUUGAGGUGAACUCUCCAAGGAGCCAUGGAGCCUCCUAGAAGCCCCAUCUCCUCCCACCCGUCCUGUUCCUGACCACAUAUCCCCAUCCCUCCCCACCUCUUCUUAUAGGAAGGACAUGCAAAGCUUGUCCCAGCUGGGAAUCCUCAUACACACCCCCCGAAUCCAGAUGUAACGUUAGAUACUAACCUCCUAUUCCUCCAGCUUUCCCUGUACCCUGUUUUCCAAGUGAGGCAACUCGGAUGAUGCUAUAGCUUGAAGUUCAGCCACAGUUUUUUUUGGGUGUUGCAAGGUCAGAUUUUUGGCUGGGUUUUUUUGUUAUUGUUUGUUGGGGGCAGAAUCCGCUUUUGACCCUCGAAGGACUUUAGGUAUCCAAUGAGCCCUUGUGUAAUUUAAAAGCAAGACACACUUAAAGUUUAAAUAAAGUAAAAGAAAUAAAACCAUCGACAUUUCACUCUUUUUGCAAGUUUGCAUAAUCUACAUGAUAAAUGUCUCACCUAAUGAUAAAUAAUUUGAACAAGGAAGUUGACAGACUGCAACAUGCCCAUGUACACCCUGAGAAUUGUAGUAACAGCUACUGCAUUGGUCCUGUUGUAGUUUUUAAAGGGCUACACAAUACCCACUAACCCUCCACUGUACUGGAUAUACCAAAAAAUAGUUUUUCUUUCAUCUAAUCUUUUAUUGUAGUCAAAUUAAAGUCUUUUUUCUGAUUCUUAUAUUUGGUUCUGUUUAUUUUCCCUUUUGUGAUUUACCGUUAUUUAGCUUUUUAGUUUUAUUAUGCGUUUGACAUAUAAUCUCAAACUGUGUGGAAACAUAUUGUAGUGUAUGAAGUAUACAGAAGUGCAGUUCAUGUUUGAUUUAAUGCUAGUUCAGGUGGACGCCUUUCAGACUGCCUCAAAGUGGCCAUGCUUUUCCAUCAACCCUAAAGAUUUUAAAUGGUAAGGCGGAAUUCUUUGGGUUAUUCUUAAACCGUUUUAUUUUCUCAUACAAGUUAGCAGCCAUGUUUAACAGCUGAUUAGUAGUUAGUGAUGCACACCCGUAUUGAGGAACCACCAGAGGUGAAUUUUCUGAACGGCGUAGGCAUUUUGUCUGGCUUUCCUCUUUAACGCAUCUACUCCAAGCCUCCCAAAGAGCACAAUGCAGCAAGAUUUUUCCUGGGUAACCAUAAGAAGGAAAACAGCAACGCUCCUGUACAUCCCCACCAAGGUUUGAAUGUCUCAAACCAGAUCCUCAAAACAGAAAACAGACAAAGCAUGUCAUACCAUGCAGAUGUGCCUUGGGUCAGUGUUAAACAUGUUUUGUUUUUUUGUCCUUUGCUUUCUACCCUAGUCCACCCUUCAUCUACCCCCUAAAAAAAAUGCUUGAUUUAGUCUGUCUUUUAAAUCAGUUUUCACUGUUUUCAAAGCAGGGGAAGAGAAUCAUCGGCUUCACCCAUCAUAACACCUGUUCUUGUACUGUUAGAAUUUUUUUUUAAUGUUAGUACCGUUUAUUAUUAUUCUAACUAUUAUUACAGAGAAAAUAACAGUUCACACGUUGUCAAACCUAUGUCAGAAUUAAUCAAAGUGCUCCUUAGCGGAGUCAUUUUUGAAUCUCAGGUUACAUUGAAGCAUUACAGAAUUCUCGCCAGAUAUGACUAGGGUCAUGGCUGAUGUUGCAAGGAAACAAUAAAGUGUAAUGACAAAAGUUA